AUGGUGGGUUUUGUGUUGACAAGCUCGCUCUGCUCGGCCGCCACGAUAUUUUCCAGCUCCAGAGCUUCUACCACGCAGCUCGAUCGAUUCGCAUUGAUUGUCCCUGACGAGCUGCUCCACUUUCUAGCCAAUGUCAGCCAGUCUGCGAUCGGGAAGGAGAGAAAUGAAGGAAAAUCUCUGCCGCCCUGGCGGUGUCAUUUCCACACACUUGGGUUGGCCGCCAGCCAGCAGACAGGAGCGCUGCAAAACACGGACUGGCUUUCAGAGACUGCUGCAUCUGGAGGGGAGCUUAUUCAGAGCUCUAACUUUACAGUCUAUGGCUCUCACGCAGGGCUGUCAACUCAUUUGGUAGCCUUUUGUUUUUUGUCACCACUCGCCACAGAGAGCAGGGAGACGGACCGCUCGGACUGUGGCAGCCCUCCCUUCUGCUUGGAUCCGUUCUGUUGCAGAUGUCCAUGGCUGACCGUGGAUGAAGGCAAACGGACGCAGCAGAGACUCCCCCCCUCGCUCACCCCUGCCCCCUCUCCACCCUCACCCCCGUCCCGGACUCGUACGCUCUGGACCAUGUCUAGUAGGCUGUCGGAGGGGGGUCGUACAGAUGAGCUGGGCAAAGGCAGCAGUAAAGGAGAUUCUCCUGUUUUAGAGCGGAGGAACCGCAGUGGCAUCAUCAGCGCUCCUCUGAAUAGGAGCCUAAAGAACUCACGCACCCUGUCCCAGUACACAGCCGUCUCGUCGGCCACCACCAAUGGACACACACACAGUAGUGAAAGUAAACCUAAGCCCCCUGCUCCCCCUACGGCCCAGCCCACUGUUUCUGCUCUGACAGCGGGCAAGCUGGACCGCACCCUGGAGCAGGUUCUGGAGGGACAGAAUGGCCUGCUACACUUUGCCCAGGCAGCGGCCCUGCUGAAACGAGCAGGGAUGGAGCACAUGCUGCUGCCUGGGGGCAUGGGAGUAGGACUUGGGGACGCGAGCUCUGGGGCGAGCGACUUGGAAGGUACGUCUGUGCCGGACGCCGUGGGGGGUCCUGCAGACUUUCCAUAUGGAGUAGGGGGUGGCUUCCCCUUCAACCCGGGGCUGUUCAUCAUGACGCCGGCCGGGGUGUUUCUGGCGGACAACGCUCUGCACAUGGCAGGCCUGGCUGACUACCCAGCUCAGAGUGAGCUGGCCUCUGCCAUCAACUCCGGUAAAAAGAAGAGGAAACGCUGCGGCAUGUGCCCACCCUGUCGACGGCGCAUUAACUGUGAGCAGUGUAGCAGCUGCCGAAACCGCAAAACAGGCCACCAGAUCUGCAAGUUCCGCAAAUGUGAGGAGCUGAAGAAGAAGCCGUCUGCUGCACUGGAGGUGAUGCUUCCUACGGGGGCGGCGUUCCGGUGGUUCCAGUAG